ACACGCAAAUGCCAAAUGGGAUGGAAAUACAAGUCGCCGUGGCAACUCCGUUCUCCAUCCAUGAACGAGCAAAUAAAAACCCGAUCGAGCCCGGGUCCGGAGCGGGAAGGAAACGCUCGCUUUCAGUUCAGUCGGCGAUCGCUCUCUCCUCACCUUUCCCCUGAGACCUGACCCCGAAUGCAACCAUAUCAUUUAGCAUUGCAUUAGCUUCAACCCCAACCUAUCCAAAGUUCCAAACUCCAAAAUUAAGCACAUCCAUCCAUCCUACAAACAAGAAGAAGCUGCAUCCAUUUAUUUAUUGCACCACGGCCGAGCGAUCCUGACCCGUGGCCAUGGCGGAUAGCACGAUAGCGUCUUCUUCUUCUUCUUCCCCGGCAGCGGCGGCGGCGACCGUCGAGGACCUGCCGGCGGACGUGCUGCGGCUGGUGCUCCGGCGUCUCGACGGCGCCUCUCUCGCCGCUCUCGGCGCCGCUUCCUCGGCCUUCCGCGGCCUCGCCGACGACCCGGACACGUGGCGCGCGCUCUGCCUCGGCGCGUGGCCGUCCGUCCGCGGCCUCCCCAGCACCCUCUUCUCCGGCGCCGGUGGACGCGCCUACUGGCGGACCCUCUACGCCGACGCCUUCCCCUUCCCGUCCUCCACGUCGGGAGCAGCACUGCCUGGCCCAGCCACGUGUACUCGCCGUCGGCUGCCGGCUCGGCUGGUCUCGGCCGUGGACCUGUGCCACGGGGGCGUCCAGGUCAUGUCCCGCGUGGUGGACACGGACGCCACGUGCCCCUGGUUCCUCGGCUCCCCGUUCCGCGUCGACGCGCUCCUCCAGGAGGGCUUCACCAUCCUCACGCCUUCGUCUUCUCCGGCUCCGGCCGCGUUCUCGUUCGCGCCGGAGGAGCUGACGCUGAGCUGGAUCCUCAUCGACCCGGCCACCGGCCGCGCCCUCAACGCCUCCAGCCGCCGCCCCGUGCGCGUCGACCGCCCGCCCCGCUGGCUCGGCAAUGGCGACGCGGUGGCGCGGUUCUGCGUCGUGAUCGCCGGCGCCGGAGAAGAAGCGGUGGCGAUGGAGGCGGCGGUCACGUGCGACGGCGGCGGGCGCGGGCACGUGAGGGAGGUGAGCCUGACGUGCGCCUCGAUGGCGGAGGAGGGCGGCGGCGGCGGGGUCAGCGGCGAGGACGCGCUGGCCGCGGUGGCGGCGGCCUUGGCGGGCAGGAGGAGGUGCGGCCGGCGCGGCGAGGAAGAUGAGGAAGCGAGGCGGAGGAGCUACGAGGAGUUUGGGAGGAGGAAGAGGGAGCGGAAGGAGCGGAAGAAGAGGAGGGAAGGCGCCAUCGAUCUCUGCUGCUCCGGCGUCGUCGGCGCCGCGGCGCUCGUGGCCUUCUUGGUUUUGCUCGUGUUCCGGUGACCGUAUGUACUUACUUGCGACGGGAAACUGUAAAUAGUUACUGCUGCUACUGCUGGUUAUAGGCUGAACAGAGGAGAGUUGUACUGUACACAAAUGAUGGACACCUUUUUCAAAUUUUUGAAAUGGAGUUUGAAAAACAAAUGCAAGUUUUAAAAA